CUGAAAGCUGCGUCGCAUUAGUAAUUGUGAGGCAGAAAGUAAAAACGCAAGAAGCACAGACAUGACUUUCCUCCCAGACUUCUCUAUGGCAACGUGGACUCUGCUUGUCCUGCUGCUGACUCUCCUUGCUUAUUAUGCAAUAUGGCCAUAUAAAUUAUUCAAAAGAUAUGGUAUUCCGGGUCCUACCCCCAUUCCAUUUAUUGGAACUUUCCUUGGGAACAGACAUGGGCUUAUGGAAUUUGACAUGGAGUGCUUCAAGAAAUAUGGAAAAGUUUGGGGGUUACUGAAUUUUUUGAGUGCCUGGGGGAACCAUUACCGGUGAAAGUCUAAGCGUCUCAGAUUUAUGAAGGGCAGAAGCCUUUACUCGCUAUAGUGGAUCCUGUGAUAAUUAAAAGUAUCAUGGUCAAGGAGUGUUACACCAACUUUACCAACAGAAGGGAUUUUGGUUUGAGCGGGCCCUUGAAGUCUUCUGUCCUUAUUUCCAAAGAUGAGCAGUGGAAGAGGAUCCGCACAGUGCUUUCACCUACUUUCACAAGUGGAAAAUUAAAACAGAUGUUUCCUCUGAUGAAUCACUAUGGAGAGUUGUUGGUGAAGAAUAUCCACAAGAAAAUCAAUAACAAGGAGCCACUAGACAUGAAGCAUAUAUUUGGAAGUUACAGCAUGGAUAUUGUUCUAAGCACAUCAUUUAGCGUCAAUGUGGAUUCCAUGAAUAACCCAAAUGAUCCAUUUGUCACCAACGCCAGGAAUCUCUUCACAUUCUCUUUUUUUAAUCCCCUGUUUCUGAUUUCAAUUUUAUGUCCAUUCCUUGUUCCUCUUUUGGACAAAAUGAACUUCUGCUUUCUUUCUUUGAAAAUCCUAAACUUUUUCAAGGAUGCAGUUGCAAGUAUCAAGAAAAAAAGGCAAAAGGGCACUCAUGAGGAUAGAGUGGAUUUCCUUCAGCUUAUGGUUGAUGCACAAAGCAAUGAAGGCAAGUCAGUACCAGAAGAGGAAAAACAUGGAUAUAAAGAGUUGUCAGACACUGAGAUUCUCGCACAGUCACUUAUCUUCAUAAUGGCUGGAUAUGAAACUACAAGCACAACCCUCAUGUUCCUGGCAUAUAACAUAGCAACGCACCCGGAUGUACAGAGAAAACUUGAGGAAGAGAUUGAUGCUUUACUGCCCAACAAGGUGAAGAGUCCUCAAUCAGUUUGAAAUUAUUGGCAGACUAUUAUUUUAUGACUUAAAGGAGAACUAUUAUAAAAAUAUUCAUUCUCUCCUUAUGCAGGAGUCUUAUUUUGAUUGAUAUUUAGGUCUAAUAUAGCCUAGCAUGGUGCUCCUUUUGCCUAGAAGAUGAAUUAUAAUGAAGCAUAGUGAAGAGUAACGGUACAGAAAUUUGAAUUAAUUGUAUUUAGAAAGUUUCUAUAUUCUCUACAGGCACCACCAACUUAUGAUGCACUUAUGAAAAUGGAAUAUAUGGAUAUGGUGAUUAAUGAGAGCUUAAGGAUGUUCCCUCCUGCUAUACGAAUUGACAGAGUGUGUAAGAAGACAAUGGAGAUUAAUGGAGUAACUAUCCCAGCUGGAGUUGUAAUUGUGGUACCGCUAUUUGCAUUGCACCUGAAUCCUGAGAUCUGGCCAGAACCAGAAGAAUUCCAACCAGAAAGAUUCAGUAAAGAGAAUCAAAAGAACCAGGACCCAUACAACUUUCUGCCUUUUGGAGUUGGUCCCAGAAACUGCAUAGGAAUGAGAUUUGCCUUAGUUAAUAUGAAAGUUGCUCUUACCAUCUUGUUGCAGAAUUUCAGAUUGGAGACAUGCAAAGACACUCCAGUUCCACUGAAAAUUUGUACCAAGGGAUACCUAAAGCCCACAAAACCUAUUAUUCUGAAUCUCAUUCCUAAAGUAGGACAGACAGUGGAAGAAUAAUAAAAGGAGCAACCACAUUCAUUCUUUUAGAUGUAAUGGUUGAAAUGGGUAAAUAGGGAUCACAUAUUUUUUGCUUAUAUAUUUCUGAAAACAUGCUCAAAAUAAAGUAACCCCAAUGGUGAAA